CCAAAGAAGAAGAAGCUGCCGUUAAUCCUCAAGCGAAGAAGAAUCCGCAACAAAAAAUAUAUCCGUAAAUAACACAAAUUUAGUCUCGUGAAUAUGAGUUUAAAUUUGUUUCUCAAGAAGUCCCAACACAAAUAAUUAAGAAUUAGGUCUGCGUUGUGUUUGAAAUAGGAGAACCCUGCCAGCUCCAUGGAAAUAGUAACUGCAGUAUUUAGCUAGUUUGCAUCCAAAGCUAACAUUAGCUAGCAUCCAUCCAUUCUGGUGUUAAAGACACUCACUCCUCACCCAAAGACGAGACAACUUUACGCGACUGACGACUGAAGCUCCAUCUAUUCUCCAUGGCUUCAUCAGAGGUCAGCAUGCAGGACAUGAGGGAGGUAGUGAUCGUCACCAUACCCGACGGCAUGGGUGAGGAGCUCUCAUCUGUGGGGGAGGAGGAGGAGAAGGCAGUGAUGUUGAGCGCAGAGCUCAGCGCUCAGACUGGGGAGGAAAUCCUCACCGAAGCAUCAGUGGAAGCAGAAGCUGAGGCCAACAGAACGGAUUCAAUGUCCAGGGAAGAGGCAGUCAUCGUGAAGUUGACUGAGGAGGUGGAUGUGGAAUCUGAUGAAUUCUACCCCAUCACUUGUGGAGACACCAAAGCAACGUUGGUCUGGAAGAAGUUUGUCUGCCCGGGGAUCAACGUGAAAUGUGUCCAGUUCAACGGGCAGCUCAUCAGCCCCAAGGAGUUUGUGUGUUUAGCGGGGAAAUCCACUCUGAAGGACUGGAAGAGAGCCAUCCGCCUCAACGGCACCAUGCUCAGGAAGAUCAUGGACUCCGGUGAGCUGGACUUCUACCAACACUCGAAAGUGUGCUCCAACACGUGCCGUAGCACUAAGAUAGACCUGGUGGGAACCAAAGUGUCGAUCAGCACUGAUCAGUCUGCUGACCUGGUCCCGGCCCCCCCCUCAUCAGCUGACUUGAAUGGAGCAGCAGCCUCUUUCCCUGACGUGAUGGAGGAGACGUCAGAGUGGGUCACCGCCAUCGGAGAGGACUCGGUGGCAUUCUGGCGUUCGGUGAAGGAUGCUGGUCUGAUGGAGGAGGUGGUGGAGGACUUCCAGAAGGAGCUGCAGGAGGUGCUGAAGGGGCUGCAGGAGAGAGUGUGUGACCCACCGCUGCAGGUCAAAGAUGCUGUGCUGCUCAACAACAUAGUGCAGAACUUUGGGAUGUUGGACCUAGUGAAGAAGGUUCUGGCCAGUCAUAAGAGCCAGAUGGAUCGCUACAGAGAGCAGUACACCCGCAGCCUGGCCGCGCUGGAGCAGCAGUGUGAUGAGCACAGGAAGCGUGCCAAGGAGCUGAAGAGCAAAUCCCAGCACCUCAACAACGUGCUGAUGACCCUCACUCCGGUGCCUGCACCCCCCACCCCCAAGCGCCCCCGGCUGACCCGAGCCAUCUCCGGCCCGGCCACCCUCAACGCCGCUCCCACCCAGAUCACUCUCAACCAGAUGGGCGGGGUUCUGACCGUGGCAGGAGGAACCGGCACUAACCUGGGCGGGUACACCCUCCUGACCUCCCCGCUCUCUGGGUCUGAGCUGCAGGGCGAUGCCACCAGCCUCACCGUGCUGUCGGCGGCAGCGGGGGGGCAGGAGGGGGCAGCCGGCGGGUCCCUGGUGAAGCUUAUGGGGCCUCAGUUCCAGCUGGUGACGCUGCCGAUGCAAAGCCUGUCCUCCGUCCAGCAGCAGGGCAGCAGCAUCAGUGUGCUGGAAACCACGGCAACCGCUGCGGACGAUUCACAAGAGGAAUGCCAGGCGGACGGCGAUGGCGAGAGUCAGCCAGAGCAGGUUAAAGAGGAAGGGGUGGGGCAGUCGGAGGAGCCGCAGUGAGACAGAGACAGAUGUGUCCCUCCCGCUUGUUAUUGUCAUUAUUCUGAUGUAAUGGCGGCUGAGGACUCGUCCUCAUGUUCCCUUUUUAUGAGUUGUAGAUGUCCUUCAAUGUCUGCGUUUGUAUCGGAGUGACGUGUGUCAGCAGGGAUCGGUCUGUAAAUAUGUAACUAAUAUAUUUGAUACCGCUGUGUGUUUCUGUAGGGAUGUACGUCAAACAGUGUUGUUGAGUUUAGUAAUAAAUGCUCAGUCUUCAAAAAGAA